AUGUCUAGAAUAUACUCAUUUUCAGAUUUAAAGUUUGUGAAUCCUUCAACAAUUCGUGCCUGGUUCAGAGGCGGAUCACCUACUGGAAAUGGUCGUUUUGCUGUGAUUGAUGUGCGUGAUUCUGACUAUAUUGGAGGUCAUAUCAAAGGUUGUUAUCAUUAUCCUGCGGGAAAUUUCCAUUAUACCCUUCCUGAACUCUACAAAAGAUUAAUUGAUAAUGGUAUAAAUGAUGUGGUAUUCCAUUGUGCACUCUCACAAGUUCGCGGACCUUCGUCAACUCUUAAAUUUUUACGUUCAAUUAAUGAUCUUGAAGCAAAAGAUCAACAAUAUUUUGAUAAUGUAAACGUGUGGGUGUUACGAGGAGGAUUCACUAAAUGGCAAGAAGAGUACGGUAAGGAUCUUGAGGUCACCGAAGGAUAUGACGAAGAGAUAUGGAGUUUUGGUUCGUGA